AUGAAGUUCAUCUCAACAACGAAGGAUGAAGGUGCCACCAUCUUGUAUGGGGGUGAACGCCCUCGACAUUUAAAGAAGGGCUACUACAUCGAACCGGCCAUAAUAACAGAUGUAAAGACCUCCAUGCAAAUCUGGAAAGAGGAAGUAUUUGGACCAGUUCUUUGUGUCAAAACAUUCAAAACUGAAGAUGAAGCCAUUGAACUAGCAAAUGACACCCAAUAUGGUUUGGCUGCUGCUGUAUUAUCACAAGAUCUGGAAAGGUGUGAGCGAAUGACCAAGACAUUUCAGGCAGGGAUUGUUUGGGUCAACUGCUCACAGUUCUUAGAGAUGGGAGGGAAGGGAUUUCUACAUUUUGAGAAAGGUGUUUGA